AAUGAAGUUUCGUAAUGUCUGUUAUGGAAUUUUGGCAGUAGUAAUUACAGCUGCUCUUGCAGUUGGAAUUAGUCUUGGUAUAAUAUUUGGCUUAAAGAAGUCAGGUCAAAGUGAACAAACACCUAACAAAUUCAAUAAUAUUUUGAAAUAUCAAGAUGGAUUUUCUUCUGAUUUUACUUUUGAAAAUCAAUUGAAAAGUGGCUUUCAUAUUUUUGCUGAAAGUCAAAAAUCUUCUACUGAAAAUUUUGAACUUUCUGAAUUAAAUUUACCAAGAUAUUCUGAUGAAAUGUCAGAUUUUGCCGACUUAGUGUCACCAGUUCUGGAAUUCAAUAAUUCACCAGAAUUAUGUGUACAGUUUGUAAGAAUUCAAAGUGAUGAUUUUGAAAUGCAUAUUCAAGUAUUCAUAAGAAUUACAGAAAAAGAAAAUUUUAAAUUCUUUAAAGAUUGGUUUGUUUGUCAACAUAAUCUCAAAUUAACUAUUCCUCCAAAUGUGUAUCAGUUAAAAUUGAGAUUUCUGACAAAAGCUUCAAGUGGGGAGGAAAUAAUAAUGGAUAAACUAUUAAUUUCAAAAGAACCUUGCUGGAAAAAUAGCAAAUCAAGCCAAUAUGCUUUAGUUGCAAAAAUUAAAAACACUAAAGAAAACCCUGCUCUAGCAAUAUCUGAACUUUUAGAAGGUGUUCAGGAUAAAUGCUUAAUUAUUGAAUAUUUUUCCAAAUCAUCUGGCUUUAAAAGUGCUUUAACAUUGAAUUUUUUGCUUGGAGAUUCAUUACAAUCCCCUUCCACAUCUUUUUACUUGAAAGAAAGUAAUAUGACUAAAAAAGAAAUAAUCUGUGAUGUUCCAUCAAAACCUUUCAAAAUUGCUGUUAAAGCAUCUUCUGAUGAAUCCACUGAGCAUGGUUUUGCAUACAUAACUCAAAUAGAUCUUAUUGAUUACCCUGAAAGGAGAAUUCCUAAAACAAAUUACACAUUUUGUGAUUUUUCAAAUGGAUUAUGUGGGUAUAAGAUUGUAAAUGAUCUGUCUAGUCCUCUUGAAUGGCAGUACUCAAAAGAAGAGGGAUUAGUUAAAUUACAAAUAAUGGAUACCAAUAAUAAAGCUGCAAUAUUUUCAACUCCAACACUUGAUCAACACUAUGGAUAUUUAACAUUCAACUUGUAUUCAACUGACAAAUCCAUAUCUGUGGAUAUAAUUGCUAUCAGCAAGUAUGAAAAUUAUGAAACAAAUUCAUUCUUGACAAUAUUUUCAAAUUGUAAACAAAAAAAUUAUGUAAGAUUAACUCCAGGUUUGAAUAAGAUACAUUUUAAAGUUCAUAAUGCUAUUUCAACAAAAGGCAAUUAUCUAUUGGCAAAUUUGAAUAAUUAUUAUACUUUAUAUCCAUUGAUAACAUCACCAUAUAUAACUACAAAUGAUCCUGUUUGCGUCCAUUUUGAAUAUAGAAUUACAAUAAAAAAUUCACAAGAAACAGAUGUAUACUUACUAAUUUUCAAAACACUUCCUAAUGAUCAUUCUGAUAACUCUUCAAGUGUCGUUGAUGUGAUACAAAGGCCUAAUAAUCAAUGGAAUAGACAGCAAUUCAAUUAUCACUACGAUGGAACAGGUUAUGGAAGAAUAUCAUUCCGUGCUGGCUUAUCAAAAGCUUUGUUGGGAGAUGAAAUUGCAAUUAAUUACAUUCUUAUAAGUGAAGGUCAAUGCCAAAAUCCAACAUUAAAUGUUGAAAAUGAUAUCACUAGUAAUUGCAACUUUAGAAAUGGAAUGUGUGGUUUUGAGAUUAGACAGGACACUAGUUCACAUGUUUUUGAACAAAGUUCUUAUGCUUUUGAACAAAUUUAUCUUGUGUCUCCAUUGUUAUCUAAUUCCACUAUUGAUAGAUGCUUAAUGCUUGAAAUUUAUGAUGACAAAAUCAAAAAGACAAUUUUAUUUCCAAUGGAAGUAUAUGUCAAAGAUGAAAGUGGUUGGCAAUCUAAGUCUAUUUUUUUUGAAAAUUUUUCACAAUUUCCAAUUCCAAAAAAUGCUAUUCAGUUCAAAGUAAAAUUUCUAAAACAAAACCGUGAAAGUCAUUUUUUAAGAAUUAAUAAUGUCAAUCUAAGAGAUUUUCCCUGUCAAUCUGAAUGGAAAAAUUCUUUGUGUACAUUUGAAAAAGAUACUUGUGACUUUGAAAUUGAAUCAAGCCUUCCCUCAUCAAAAUGGUUUUGGAAUAUAGAUUAUCUAACAUUUGGCAACUUGAAAGGAAAAUAUGAAAAGUUAGCUGUUACCUUGACAACAGGUAAUGGUAACGUUCCACUGAAUACUUAUACAAAACUUUUUUCACCUUCAAUUGAAUCAAAUGGAAAUUGUAUUGCAUUUGAAUAUUUUGCUGAUUUACAUUCAAAUCUUGAAGUUUACAUAAAUGAAGGAGAAAAUAUAUUUAAACAGUUUUCUUACUUUAAAAGUAAAUAUUGGCAAUCUGAAUGCAUUUGUGAUUUACCCAAAAAUAAAUUCAAGAUUGUUUUUAAAACUGUUAGAAGAACUUCUUUCGAUAAUACUGUUGCUAUAAAUAGUGUGUAUUGGAUGUCAAAGACUAAAUGUAAUUUAUUAAAAGAUCCAAUAAAGCAAUCAUUUGAUUGCGAUUUCAUGAAACAUAUGUGUGGUUAUACCAUCAAUCAUCCAUUAAAUCAAGGAUAUGGUUGGUCUAAAAAUAUAUUUGACAAAUAUAAAUAUGAAGCACACUAUGACAAACUUGGAAUUUGUAGUAUCAGUUCAGAAGAUUUAUACAAAUCUCAACUUAUUUCACCAAAAUUGAAAUUAACAAGUAAUGGAGAACAAUGUCUAAAGAUUGUAAUAAUUUCUGAAAGGGAAAGAGACAUGCCACAACUUGAAGUUGAAUUUAAAUAUGAAAAUAUAAAAGAAGUGGAAAUAGUUUUGUUUGUGUAAAAUACUAUAUAUAUCAUUCAAUUCAUAAUUAUAGAUUUUUAUAACUGCCAAUUCAAAAGAGCACUUUGAAAUUAAAAUUCAUAAAAUAUCAAUACAAGCAUGUAAAAAUUCAGAUUUGGAUGAUAUUUUGUCACGUGACUCAUGUGGUAAAAAUACUAAUUAUUCUAGUCUGUUUUAUGAUACAAAUCAAGUAAAAUUAGGAGAAAUGCCUUGGAAAGCAAUGCUGACAGUCUCUUCUAUUUUUCUAUGUAAUGCAGUUAUAAUUGAUAAGAAAUAUUUACUGACAAGUCGCCUAUGCUUUCAGAAGAAGAAUUAUUUAUCAGUAAAAGUUGUUGUUGGACAAGUAAAUCAGAAUUUUAAAUAUUCAGAAUUUUAUUCAAUAGAAGAUGUUAUAUAUCCAUCACUUUAUAGCUAUCAUAAACUAUAUGAUAUUUCAGUUAUUAAAUUGAAAUCUCCAUUAGAAUUUAAUAAAAGUGUUCAACCAAUUUGUUUACCCAAUUUGAAAAAUAUUGAAAAUAACAAAAAUGUUUUUUGCAAAUUUUCAUACUUUCAAUAUGAAGAAAUAACUGAUCCUUUAAAGAGGAGUAUGUAUCAAAAAGAAGUGAAACUAUUAACAAAAGAAGAAUGCAAACUUACAGAUGAAGAUACAAUUUCAAUUGAAAAUAAGUAUUCAAAUAUUUUAUGUGCAAGUAAUCCUGAAGGAUCAAGCAGAAUUAUUGAUAUUAAACGACAUGAUGGAUCUUUAUCAUGUUUCCAUGAUGAAAAAUGGCAUAUAUAUGGCUUCAUACAUUCUGGUAUAGGAAAAAUGUUGGCAAUUCCAUCAUUUUUUUUUAGGAUAACAGAGCAUUUGGACUUUAUUAAGACAGCAAUAAAUAUUCUCAAUUGAAAAAUAUGAACAUAAAGACCGGAUAUAAUUUCUAACCCUUACAUUAACUUUUUUUUUCUCUGUAUGCAUCCAAUGAAUAAGUCAACAGUAAUAAACACAGUGCAACAUUAUUUCUAAACAAUAUUGUAACCUUAUCUAAAACUUUUUCCAAAUAAAC